AUGAGUGAGCGUGCUGAGCAGUCCAUUCCACCCGGGUCUGACAGCUGCGUCACUGCGCCCCCUAUAGCAUCACAGGCAACUGCCUCCAUUGCGUUGCGAGAUUCCUCCCACGUCUCCCCACUCGAAUCGACAUGGGGCAGGGCGAUGCUGUCAAACACCUGUCAGAGCGCGGCUGCUCUGCCGCUAACCUCGACAGCCGUUGUGCGUAGCAACUUUUCUAACGCGCACAGCCGAAGGAAGGGGGCUGCCAUGACGUUGUACGUGCGCGCACCCAGCGCGGAAAACAAGGAGUUUGGAUCAAGGGAGGAGAUGAAGGAAGAAAAACGGGAGGACGCCCAGGAAGAAGGCACAUUGUCUCUCGCGGAAGGUGAAGACGCGGGAAGCAGAUUAACACCGGUUUUUAAUGUACUCCAGAUGGGAACAACGGCGGCAGGGGCGGUAAAGGAUUUGUUUUCAGGAUUUGUGAAUUUAUCAAGGCGGGGACGUAGCUUCACGGGGCUGCUCGUGUUUAUAUUCUUUAUGGUUAUGUUUAUUUUCCUUUUACACGUUGCGGAGAGGCGGAUUCAGUGGGUGUCCCGCGUUGUCACUUACUAUAACGAACAAAAUCUGAUAGUUGCCGCGAGUUUGACGGAACAGUUGCUUGAAAAAGCAAAUGAGUUGAAUGAACUCAUGAAACCGUUUAAACAAACGCCCGGCGAUGUUCUGGAGAAGGCAACAAUGGCGUUGGAGGAAAUGACCGAGGUGCGUGAUGCGAGCGUGAAGCAACUGCAUUCCCUUAUGUUUUAUCCAGGGCCGGUGGACGAUAUCAAAUUUUUGCUGGAGGAGCACGUGGCCUACAAAAUGAACCUGGCAAGGAUGAUCAAGGAAGAACUGCAAUGGCUGGAUGAUAAUAAGCAGGAAGCUCUUGUCCAUCGAACCUACCCCAGCGAAGGUGUGGCGGGCAGGAAGCGAUCGGCGACGGACGGGAGGAAGAAACAUGAAAAAAAGUACGAGGACGCAUCGCGGCAUCAGCAGGGAGAUCCAACACGAGGAUACGCAUCACAGCCGUGGAUUGAGGGAACUAUGCUGGAAAAGGUUAAAGAAACCACUGGCGCUGGAAAGGAGCGCUUUUCUUCACACUUGCUGGGUCGUGUUUCGGCGGUGCUGGUGCUGUUUCUUCUUACUGUGUUAUAUAUUCGCCUCUAG